CAAGGACGUACUGGUACCGUACGACCGUAGUUCACUUCGUCGCGAGUUUGGGACAAGAAUCCUCGCGUUUGCAGUCGUCACAACUUCCUUACUUUGCCUUGACAACCGUAAAGUACAUUGAGCUGCUCCAUUUACUUUCGACGACAACUCGAAUUUUGUCAUCGAGAAAUAGACCAUGGUGGUGUCCAAGGCUAUGGAUGCUCUGCAGAAGCAAAACCUUUAUAGAGAUCACCUCGAAAAGAUUGCAAAGCUUUGCGACAAAAGCGGCGUCACUAACGAAUCCACAAGCAAUUUAAAUGACACGGACGAUUUUCUUGAUGAAGAAUUUGAUACCAAAGGUGUCAAAUCCUUUGCGGACAUGUUAUUUUCCCCAGAGGUAACCUUAAACCUUUUGGGAACUUUAGGAUACGGCACCCCCGCUCUUCCAACCACUACUACAGUACCUGAAUUUUGCGAUAGGGUGGACAAGGUGCUGUUUUCCCUCAAUGCUUUCGUCAAUACGUGUCCAACUGUUAGUAACUUCAAAUACUAUAGUUCCAAGUGUGACCCUGGCUAUUGGUGUGGGUGCUCCGAUCCCAGGUAAGUCAUCUUUUGCAAUGAACCGCACUGAACUCAAAUAGAAUCUUUCUGAAAUUGCAUCCUUGUUUUUCUUGUCGUGUUUUCUCUCUCUUUCCUUCGUUUUUGUUUCGUUUCGUUUCGUUUCGAAUGAGCGAAGUCUUGAAAGAUGCUUUCCAUCAAACGACACGAAGGAAACUUACUGGGCGGGUAAAUUCACUGAGUAUGUAAAAGACUCGGGAACGAACGAAACCAAACCAGUCAUCUAUACUGGUUGGGCAUCAUCCUAUCCAGAUGAUUACUUUCUUUGCAAUUCGACGAUGUUUUGUCCUGGGAAAUCACGAAAUAUAACAGCGUGCCCUGAGCUCUGCAAGGAAGGACACUAUUGCCCAACUCCCUCCGAGAUUACAGAUUGUCCUGAAGGGCAUUACUGCAGGAUCGGGAGUACCAAGCCCACAAAAUGUGAUUUUUUGGACAGUUGUUCUGGAACGAAAGCGGUAAAUCCGGGUUCGAAAUGGUACCUCGUUUUAGUUGCUUGUGUUACAGUGUAUUGUAUCGCAUGUUUGUACACAGCGUACCUUUACUUGAAUAAAAAGUUUCCGUUCCGUCAGGCGGAAGAUGAUGUAAUCGAAUUGGACGAAGUUGAAGAUGAAGAGACAGCGAAAUCUAGGAAGAAAUUGACGAGACGCCAAUCUUCUGUCACUACACCUAAGCCCAAGUUCACUAUCGGUGUUCAGUUUAGAGACCUACAGCUCACUUUGCCGAAUGGAAUUUGCAUUAUGCAAGGAGUAACCGGAGAAUUGAAAGGAGGGCAAUUUACAGGUAAGCAAUGUUUCAAAACCACCUUCGAAUUCCGUUGCUUAGAUUUGAAGAGAAUUCAAAAUUGGAUAUUCUGUUACAUGAAGACAGAAUUCGUUCAGCAUUCUUUCGAAUGUGGAGUGAACUUUCAUUUGUACCGUAUUUCCAGAUCGCUCAGGAAUUUUCCAAGGGCACAUUUGUGAAACUUAUCGAUUUGUUUGCACUUAUUCCUUUUUCGUGUAGCAAUCAUGGGACCUUCCGGCGCAGGAAAAUCCACGUUUCUUUCUCUUCUCUCUGGUAAGACAGAGCCAACCGGAGGAACACUUGCUGUGAACGGUGAGCAUGCGUCUCUAAAGGAUUACAGAAAAGUUGUAGGCUUUGUUCCACAAGAGGAUAUCAUGAUUCGUGAAUUAUCUGUGGAGGAAAACAUUCGGCAUUCGGCAUUUAUGCGUCUUCCAGCCUCGAUGUCUCGAAAAAAGAAGUUAGAGAGAGUGUAUCAGGUGAUGGAAAGUUUGGAUCUUUUACGUAUCAGAAGCAGUAUCAUUGGUGAUGAAAUCAUCCGUGGUAUUUCUGGUGGACAGCGAAAAAGAGUGAACGUUGCUAUGGAGCUAGUUGCUGAUCCAAGUUUGUUAGCACUUGAUGAACCUACCUCAGGGUACGUCGUUGUGUCUAUUGCAUAUGCGGUUGUACGCUUCCCGUUUGACUAAUAUCAUCUGCUUCGCUCACUCGUAAACUUUCGUUUUCUAGUUUGGAUUCUACGACAUCGUCGAAUCUGUGCGAAACUCUCAGUGAUCUUGCAAAGACAGGUGUCAAUGUUGCCGCAGUCAUCCAUCAACCAAAAAUUGAAAUAUUGCGUACAUUUUCGAACGUUCUCCUUUUGGGUGUGGGUGGUAGAACUGUAUACAUGGGACCCACUGAAAACAUGGAGUCUUACUUUGAUGGAAUCGGGUUUCCAUUACCUGAUCAGAUGAAUCCUGCUGACUAUUUCAUGGACGUCAUCGCAGGCUUGAUCCCUUGUGAGGAUAAUCCAGAUUUCAGGAAGGAAGAUCUUUUCGAUCUCUGGGAAGAUCACAAAAAAAAAUCAGGGUCAGUCGAUGAUCAGAACGGGAAGAUUCGCAAACCUUCAAAAUCAUCGAAAAAAUCACCCGGAAAUCGCAAAGCAACUGGUUUCAUCAACCAGACAUACCUUCUCUUCAAACGUGCUGUUUUACAACGAUGCCGGGUACCUGAGAAUACUCUCAUUCCUGUGAUUCUUUCCGCUUCUGCAGGGGCAUUGAUUGGGUAUUUUGUUCGUACCAUGCCCCAACUUUAUUACGGGAUUCCUCUUGUCCGAGACAUCGAAAAUCCACAAAACAACGCAGCAAGCCAAUACAUGCGUAACUACCCUUCACCGCCACAGUCUCAAUUUGCUGGAAUCUGGAUCUACACAGCUCUGGCAGUAAUGCUUGUUUGCAUCGUAUCAAUCAAUACGUUUGGUCGAGAGAAAGCUGUUUUCAAGAGAGAGCUGUUUAGCGGUACAAAGCCUACGGCAUAUUGGCUUGCCAAGACCUUUGAAUCAGGUCUAUGGAUCCCUCUAUAUGCCGCCAUUUUCGUAAGUUCCACAGGCGAUUCAUACGGAGAUGAAUUCCGAUACUUGUGAUUAAACCGAAUGCCGAAACUCAUGAUUUAUCCCGAAACUUUUACCCAACUUUUUCUCACCGUUACUGUUCCCAAUCGGCCAUCAAUUUCUAUUUGUUUUCUGUCUAUCUAUGCACUCAAUGACACACGGAACAAAUCAGGUAACGGUGAAUAUGAUGCUUAAUAAUCAGCCAAUUCCAGUCAUCCAUCUUUUUCUCGUAAUUUGGGUAACCAUGAUUGGGGAUUCUGGGAUUGGUCAUAUUGUUUCGCUUGUAGUCCAACCUAGUAACCGGGGUAUAGUACUUUUGGUGUCGGUGUUGGUGUUGAUCAUGAUAUUUAGCGGUAUCAUGAUCAAGUACAAGGGGAAGCACCAAGUGUUCAAGGCUUUCUUCACCUUUUGGACAGCUCAAGGAUUUUAUAAAGGUUCUGUAACCCCCUAUGAAGAUGUUUUUGACGUGAAAACACUGAACGAUAAUAUGCAAGGAUAUGAAUUGCAAGAUCCAUUUGGAUUUAAUAUUUUGUAUGGGAUGCUGACUGCUCUGUUUUGGCAUUUGGCUGCAUUGGCAGUCAUGUUCUGGCAAGCAAGAUGAGAGAUGCUGUCAUCAGAUAAACUUUUUGCUGAACUGGUUGUUGCUGAGCCAGUUGCUCAUUUGGCUGCUGAUUUGGUUGAUGAUUCUGUUGCUCCUUUAGCUGCAGAAUGCAUUGAGUCUAACUAGUCAUUACAUGAUAAAAAGAUGGUCCAAAAUCAAGGCAUAGUAUAUAU